AUGGCUGUCCGAACCGCCGAAGUAGCUGCCCCAGCUAUCAGCGCCGCACCGACCGGUACUCCCGUGCCCGUCGCGACGGUGGCACUCACGACGACCUUCACACCGCCCGCAGAAUGUGCCGAGAAUCACUUGACCAUGUUGGUCGGCGCCCUCGAGAAGAUCUGGAUUAAUGAGCCCGUACCUCUGCCCAACUCAACCCUCGCAUCCUGCUAUCCCACGCAAUGGGUCACUGGCUACUCAUCCGCCCUCUCCGCAUCCAGCUCCAUCGCACCCUUCAUAAGCCCACUCGUCUGCCCGAGUGGUUAUAAUGCCGAGAGCAGCACCUGGUCGAACGGAUACAUUGCCUGCUGCGCUUCUGGCUUCACCUUUGCCGCACCCGCCAAGACUGCCGACGCCGAUCGCCCGGCGUACGGCGGUACAUGUUACAGCAACUUUGAACUCAGCCAGACCGCCACCGUCACCGUCUACAACCCCGAAGAGCUCUCCACGACCAUUGCCUGGGUCGCGACAACAACGCCCGCGCAGGCAUACGCCCACCCCAUUGACGGAAUUGCCGCAGACUACACACCGGGCGCCUCCUCCUCGGGCUCGAGAACAAAGACCAACAGCGCCGGCGUGGCCGUGGAGACGGAUAAGAAUGCCGCGCCUAGACUGGGAGGCAACUCGAGGGCGGCAUUCGUCGUUGGUUUCCUGCUUGCGAGUGUAAUGAUGUGGUAG